AUGGAUGACACUCUGAGUCAGUUCAUCGCUCAGACUGGGAUAGAUCCGAGCUUAGCGAGAGACCUAUUAGAGAGUACAAAUUGGAAUGUUGACGAAGCGCUUUCAGCUUUUGAAGCGCUUUCGCUUGGCUCUUCGGCUUCAUGUACGCAAAGCAAAGGACAGUGUGGUGAUGAUAGUCAUAUUGCGAGUGGAAAAGGCAAACGUGGGCUGUCGAUGGUUAAUGCCGACAUCGUUGGAGAAGCUAGGCAUAAAGUGAUAGAGGACAAGGUGCCGGGUACAGACGAGAGAUACGAAAGAUUUGAGGAAAUGUCCGAUUUCACUUUCGUUUUACCAGAUUUGUCCAACUUCCCAGAAGAAUUAAGCGACUUCCUCCGGAGAGACUUAAUUGAAACCUCGGCUUUAGUCGCUUUGGAGCAAGCAGGUAAACUGAAAUCAUGACUUAUUUCCUUUUUUGCGGGAAAUGAUGCCAAACUUACCAAUUUGUGAAGAAAGCGCAAAUGUAAACAGUAAGGCAGGCUUACUUCGGGGUAAUUAAUUUCAUUCCAACACAUUUGUAAGCUUUGGAAAGUUUAAAAAAGUCUGUUUGCAUCCUCUCAAUUUUUUAAUUCAAGUUAAGUCACACAUGGAAAGUUCAGAUUAUGUUGUACGAAUUCGAUGCUUUUCAUCUUCAUAGGAGAAGCUUGCUUUUCUCCAUAACUCGAUCGUUACGGGACUUCUGAGAUUUUCGAAUAGUCAACGACAAAAUGUCUUUUGAUUGCCCUUCUUAGAAGAGGUUAAGGUGUUUUUGGACUGAGAGGAAUGCUUCACUAUUUAGACCAAAAAAUGUUAUGAUUUAAGGCCAAAAUGAAAUCUUAGGUUGCAAGACAAAGCAAGCAGUGCUAUUAGGGAAGAUACAUACAUACUUUAUUGAAACUCCCUUCAACAGGACUUUUCAGUCAGAAUGUUAACUAUCACUUAAUACUGGUAAUUAAGAAAACUGAUUAAAAAUAAUUUAAUUAAAUUCCAAAUAUAUUCAAAAUAUAUUCAAAAUUAUAGGAAGAUAGGCCCAUUUAUGUUCAUGACAGCCAUAUUAUUAUAUGCAGUAACACUUUGGUGGAUUAACAAUUAGGCACUAUAGUUGUUUAAAAAAGUUCUGACCCAUGGUAGCUGAGUUAGAAAUAAGCUUUUCAAGACAUUAAUCAGAAAUCAGAUCUUAAUAGUAAUUCUCCUUUCUUUAAUGUUUGCCUUACAAUUUCAGUGAUGUUGGUUUGGAGAGUCUGUCAUUAGAUCAACUACUAAUUUCCUCAAUUGAUAUUUUUCUCUUUUCUUAUUACUUUUCUACUUGAUAUUGUCUUGAUAUUGUAAGGAGAAAUUCCGUCUUGGUCUCUCAUGAGAGUGAUGGGAUUGAAAGAUUGUAGAAGUGUCUAUUGACUAUACCUUGUUCUAGGGUGUAGUCCUGUAAAAGUCCUUAACAUUACCUUUUCACCUCACUACUCUAACAAGGAGCAAUGUAUUGCUUCUUCUGAUUACUUUUUUGUUCCAUACCCUGAAAGCGAACAAAAAUAUCAUAACCUCCCUGUGAAAUCUCAUUUUUGAACUCUUGUCUCCAUGCAUGAUAUUUCAAGGUCUUUCAUGGCUUUUAUAUUAUAAGUUAGAGUAAACCCUCUUGCUAUGGCACUUCUUUUCUCCUUGUUCUUGGUUUGUUUGUUUGUUUUUUCUUAUCUCUGAAGAUUAACUUUGCAUCGGGCAAUUUUACAAUGGUCUUCUCAGAAAGUGAUGUAAUUUAAUAGGUGCCAUUUGACACAACAUGGUGAAUGACAUUUUCGUGGUACAUCAUCCUGCAGUGUAUCGCCCUUGUGCUUUAGUUAAUUGAGUCAACUAGCAGUAACAGGUGAUUUACAAUGAACUUAGGCUAUGCAUACUUUGUUUACUGACUGUUUUCCAUCUCUUCUCAGGACGGCUGAACUGGUGGGCUGAUUCAGGUGUUUGCCAGCGUCUUUUGCCCCUGGCAACAGUGGGAGAUGGCAACUGUUUGUUGCAUGCUGCCUCUCUGGGAAUGUGGGGAUUCCAAGAUCGUCUCCUUACUUUACGCAAGGCCUUAUAUGAUACACUUACAAGUCACUUGGCCAAAGGAGCUAUUAAACGCCGUUGGAGAUUUCAACAGUGGGAGAAAAAUAAGGAGGCUGGUGGACUGCUCUACUCAGAACAAGAGUGGGAAGAUGAAUGGCAGGAGGUGUUACGCAUAGCCUCUACACAGCGCCGACUGGAUCAUGAGCAAAAGGCAGCUACAGAGUGCAAAAAAGGAGGGGAGACAGCCCCAACUUUAGCCUCUAUAGCUGAGAAGGAAAAUGAGGAUAUGCAUGACUCUGCCACAGCAAAGGAUGCUGAGGAUGUGGUUGACCCACCAAAAGCAGAACAAGAUGGAAAUGUUAAGAAGGAUAAUGAAGAUCAGAGGGAGUCACCUGCACCAGAUGGUUCAAAAGAAAAAAUUACUGAAGAAACUGAGAUAGGAGCAUUUGAAAGCUUAGAGGACAUUCAUGUCUUUGUUUUGGCACAGGUUCUGAGACGUCCAAUUAUAAUCAUAGCUGACCAGUUUUUGUACGGAUUUGGAGGGGAACCAAUCGCACCCAUUCCCUUUGGAGGGGUUUAUCUUCCAUUGGAGUGUGAUCCAAGUAUAUGCAUUAAAAGUCCAUUGGUUCUAGCUUUUGAUUCAGCACACUUUUCUCCUUUGGUGCCUUCAGAGGAAAAGAAGGACUCUAAGAGCGAUUCUGUGAAAGCCUCUGUGCCUCUGGUAGGACCAAACUAUGAUUUGCUGCCACUGCAGUUUUCCAUGGAUCCAGGAGAAGAUUUUGUUUGGAGUGACCUGGAUGGUGACUCAAGUGUGGCAAAGAACUUUGCAUUAAGCAUGGAUGUAAAGCUGGAGCUUUUAAAGAAAUAUUUAAAUGUGGAACUGAUAAAAGUUCCUUGCACAAGUAAGAAAGACACUUCUGAAGACAACAAGGUAGCUUCCAAAGGAGAGAAAACAGUGGAGCCUUCAGGGAGCAAUGCUGAUAGUGAAACAAAAGUAGAUAAAAAAUUGCCUUCAAAAUCUGCUGAGAAGAAAGAGAAAUCUUGGAUUGCUACACAGAUCAUGAAAGUGGGUGUGAUGGCAGGAGUUGUGGGAAGUGUUGUUCACAACAAUGUCUAUGUUGCAAAACUACAAACUGACAAGAAACCAAAUUACUAUGACAAAAUGAUCGAAAACUAUAUUGGAACAGCAAAGCUCCGAUUUGAGGAAGAGAAGAAAUCCCUGGCAAAAGCUUCCAAAAGUUCAUUAGACCCUGGAGAGAAACCGCAGCCAUGUAUUAACCCUGGAUGCCAACUGUACGGAACUUCUGCUACAAAUUAUCUUUGCUCUGGCUGUUUUAAAACUCAGAAAUCUUACAGUGAGAGUGGUCGGUACCUUGAAAGCUCAGUGCCAAACAGGUCAGCUGUGUCAAAUUAUGACACCAGUGGAAUAUCAAGUUACCUACCACCUCCUUCAUACUCUGCGUAUGUUCCUUAUGGGUAUUUUUGUGGCAACACCAUUGGAACACAUGGCUACAAUACUCCUUCUACAGAUCAAUUGCCUUCAUAUAGUGAUGCAGUGAAAAGUAGGGGCAAUAGCACAGAAUCUUCUUCGGUGUCAUCUGGCUCAGUUGUCAAGCUUGAACCAAGUAAUGGAAGUGACAGUACCUCAGGUCAGACAGUCAUAAAGUGUUCCUCCAAAGACUGCCAGUUUUAUGGCAGUCCAGAAAAGAAGGGAUAUUGUUCCACAUGCUACAAAGCAUAUCAAAAGUCGUUGAAGUAUAUGGCAGAAGAAAAUGAGAACAAAAAAUCUUAAGCUGUCUAAAAUUAGUCUUGCUAACCAAAUUUAGACCAGAGGAUAUGAAAGCUUAGUUGGUACUACAUUCAUCCUUUACUAAAUCCUUAGAUUUAUUUGAUACUUGUCCAUUAAUUGUUUACUAACCAAGUUUUAGGUCUGUAUUGUAUGUUACCGACUGAGUUUUUGCAUGCAGGCCAUAAAUCUGAGCAGAAAAAUUGAGCUUCCAUAACUUAAAAUACAAACUGAUAAAACUAGGUUAGGAAAGAUAUUUAUAACUAACAUCUCUGGGUUAAAAUAUUGGGGUAAGAUUUCAGUUUAUUAAAACAGACUUGUGAAUUUAGUGGCCUGACGGUGAAAUACAGCCUCUUUAAUUGACCAAUCAUAGCAACAUACUACAUGAGAGAUGCAUUAAUGAAAAGUAGAUUAUUGCAAUUCUUAGCUAUACCAAAGAGAACAAUUCUUGUGAAGUGGCCUAAGAUCACAUCCAAUUUUUGGAGACAAACUAGGAAAAUUGAUUGAAAUUGAGGGUUACAAGUAAACAAACCUCAAAUUUGUUCUGCUGCUAAUUUUUCCAAGUUUCCAUUUCAAAUUGAAAAAAAUUUUACUUGGAAAAAUUCAAGUCAUAUCCAAGUGUUUCAAAGCUGUUUGCUCUUUACACACUGAAUGUUAGAAUGUUUACAAAAUUGAUUAAUAUAAAAAUCAAAAUGUUAAAUUUUGUCAUUUACCUAAGAAAUAUUUAGUAGAAUAUUUAGUAGUUAUUUUAGAUUUAAAUUAUUUCUAUUUAAACCAAAAGGGUUGUAAAAUUUUUCAUCAAUUUGUUUAGUUGAUGCACCAGAAUUUCAAUUUCAACAGCAAUGAUGGUCAAGUUUUGAAGGCAAGUACUUUUAUUGUAAAUGUUUCUUGUCAUUUUGGAAUAUUUCCUUGUUAUUGAGACUAAUUGAAUGAAUGACAUGGAGAUAAAUUGAUUCACACUGCUACUGUAAGGGUGAUUCCUAGCAUGUGGGUGGCCAUGUGUGUUGUCCUUACUAUUUUAAAUCUCUGUUGUCCUUCAUAGCUUUAGAAAUAAAACCUUGAUUUACAAUUGAUUUGUAUCUCUAAGGAACUAGACAAUUUAAGUCUCUGAUUGAUUGGACAAAAGUUAAACAUAUAAUAUAUAUUUAGAGAUAAGUUGGAUUAGACCAACUUUAUAGUGACUAAGUAUCACUGAAGCACGAUACCGCCCUUAAUUCUCGUUUAACCAUGAUAUUAACCCACGCGAAGUGUUGAUAGAAAACGAAAUAAGUUUGGAAAUGACAGCUAAAUUUUUUCGAGCGUUCUAUCAACCUUCAAAGUCAUCAAGCUGCUAAAGUGAUAGAACGAGCUGUCUAUUGCUUUUAUAAAAUAACUAUGAGUUUAGCGGUGCAUUAAACGACAGAUUUUUGACCAGUCAGGGUGCUCGGGGUAUCUCAGUAGUUACUUGUUAAAUCCUGAUGAUGCAGCUGCUACAAAUGUGCCUGUUAGACAUUGAAUUAAAUCUUUUUCUCCUAAGAUGGGUCAUUUCUUUGAGUGUUAUCUGUUAAUUGGCCUAAUCUGUCUUCUUAUGUCUUGUUUUGAUGUGAUGUCAGACAAUAAACAAAAGUUAAGA